CUUUACACUUUAUUUAACACAUGGUAAAUUAACAAAGGCCGACUUUACAGUGCGGCUGUAGAGACCCGACUGACUAUCCCAACAGCCAACAUACUAAAUAGUAGUAUCAGUACUCUAUCUACUAGGACGCUUAUCAGUGUUAACAAUUGUAAAUAAAAAACUUUAUUGUUAAAAACAUCGUAACUACUUAGCUUGAGUAUUUUUUAAUGGCCUAAUCCUAGCCGUUCGACAAUUAUUUCUUUGUCGGUGCUCCCGUUCCAAAAGACUAACACCGGUUCCGAUUGUUUUCUUCGUAGGUAUCGCUCUAUACACCUAACCCUUAAAUUCCCGUUUUUCGCGCUGAUGCUACCUUGCAUUUGUUUCAGAAUGGGAAAAAGGUGGAUAUGAUAGAAAUACAAGAUAGAAAAACAGGAACAAAACCGGGUAGUCAAAAGAGGGUCUGUGAGAAAAAAAACAAUGCAACAAAAUCGAAAAAAAAUGUUUCUUAUCGAGAAAAAAUUGGAAAAAUGAUGAAAGAUCAGAAAAUUGCACUCGAAAUUACAAAUUCAAUGAGCAUUCGGCAAGACGACGGGAUUUUGAUUGUAAAGGCACCUGCUGAUGAAAAAUCUACUGACUAUUGGACGUUGUCACAUUAUAAAACGAUAAACAUUGAGCAUGUUGAUUCUAAGGACAGAUGGAAACAUGCCGAGUGUUCGAUGAAGCUUGCAAUAACCGAUCAGGCAAAGGACCAAGCGAUAUCGAGUGAGCUAAACGAAUUGGUUCAAACACUUUUCGACCGCUUUAUGAAAGAUUCAAAGAAAAAAAUUACACGUAUUUGAUAUGUAUUAUAAAUAAACUAUGUUUAUAAUA